CCCAGGCGGGCCGACUCAAGGCCGCUCGGUGGCGUGUGAGCCAAGUGGGGAUGUAGCGAUGAGCUGCCGGGUUGUUUUCCUCGGUUGUCGCGAAUAAGCAGCUGGCCCCAAAGCCCGCGGAGACGCUGGUCUACAGAGAGUAGUUCUAGUCAGCUGGUAACCAUGAGUGAAUGGACGAAGAAAAGCCCCUUAGAAUGGGAAGACUACGUUUAUAAAGAAGUCAGAGUGAUAGCCAGUGAGAAGAAGGAGUAUAAAGGAUGGCUUUUAACUACAGACCCAGUCUCUGCCAACAUUGUUCUCGUGAACUUCCUUGAAGAUGGCAGCUUGUCUGUGACUGGAAUUAUGGGGCACUCUGUACAGACGGUGGAAACGGUGAGUGAAGCAGACCCCAGAGUAAGGGAGCAGCUGGCACAUCUGUUCACAUCUGGAGAUUGUAAAGGGUACAGCCCUGAGGAUCUGGAAAAGAGAAAGAACAGCCUAAAGAAGUGGCUGGAGAAGAACCACAUCCCAGUCACCGAACAGGGAGAUGCACAAAGGACUCUCUGUGUGGCUGGGGUCCUGACGAUUGACCCACCAUAUGCUCCAGAAAACUGCAGCAGCUCCAAUGAGAUCAUUCUGUCCCGCAUUCAGGAUCUUAUUCAAGGCCAUCUUUCAGCUUCCCAGUGAGAGGCCGGGCCCUGUGAACGCACUGAUCCAAAUGACUUCACUGUUCAGUUUUGUGUUAAAUGCUUCGAAUGUAAGUUGAUCAUAUUAUAGGAGUUCAAAAGUACAUGUGGGAUGUAUGUGUGUGUGCACAUGUUAAGUUUUUGUCUAGGGCAAAUCAGAUGAGUAGAUCCUGAGUGCUGACUUUCCUGGGAAGGGAAGGGUACAUGAGUAGCAUCCCAUGCUCCUAAAUUAACACAGGAAGUAAUCCUGUGAUGAGGAUAAGCCAUUCUUUUUGUAAAGCAAGAAUACAUUUUGAAUAGGUGUAGCAAUGUGAAAUAAUUUAUAAAUUUCAAUAUAAGAUAUUACGAUAAAAUC